AUGGCAUUCUCACACCUGCUCGCUAACUACCGCUGGGGCCCGUUCUGGAAGCCGCUACUGCGAACAUCCAUGUCCGAAGCGUCCACGCCAGCCGAAAGGGCCCAUUAUCGAGCCUGUCUGGCUACUGCUCUUGCCUUUAUGGGUAAAGCCGUAAAGGAGCCGAAGAUGCUUUCGGAUGGGUAUGAGAUGAAUGGCGAGGUCAUCAGAGGCUUGCAUGGGGCUCUGCUUCAACAGUCGAAGUCGGAGAUGGCGCGCUGGGCUUUUACGAUCAUAGUACUGUGCAUGUAUCAAUAUGCCGUUGAGGGGAAUGCCAAUCUUCCACACUACUAUGGUGUUGUUAGGGUCAUCGAGUACUGCGGGCCAGAGUACUUCCAGCAGGAGCCCAUGCUGACAAUUUACCGCCAAAUUAGGGCUCAGCAUUCCUGCAGUUCCUUCAACAACAAGAAACCCUCCUUCUUCAACAUAGAAAAAUGGAAGACUAUUCCUUGGAUGAAAACUCGCAAGACUUCGUACGAUAUCUUGAUAGACCUGUACAUCGAACUACCAGGCUUGGGAGCCUCGCUGGGUCCUUCUUCUGCUACUCUCUCAGAAGACGACAAGAUCGAGAUAGAGAUGGAGACUAGAGAUUUGCUCGCAAGGUUUUACGAGUGGCGAAGGAAUUGGGAGCUUGCCAAUCCGCGAUCGGCAGCUGAAGUGUGGCUUCCAAUUACUGCAGACGACGUACCACAGCCUUGGGUAAAGGAUCUUCUUUCGAAAGCGUUGGAGGUUCAGACGGCGGAUCAGGUGACUGACCUGUUGGUCUAUAACUCUGCCUUGAUUUACCUGAUGCACGUUCUUUACGCUCUGCGGACAGGCGACCGUCGGCCGCAGCCAUUCCCAACGGAUAUGGACUCCAGUGUGCAAAAGGCCGUUAGAGACCCACUGUACAUGCCGGACGAGCUGAAGUAUCAGUGGCAGCCGGCAAUCGAGGCGUUGAGGCUGAUGCGGCUUGCUCCAGGAUUGUUGUCCAUCAGCGACUGCUCAGUCAUGGUUCCUGUCUCGCCCAUCGGCAUCAUCUACAACUCUCUGAUUGGGAACGAGGGGCUUGGACGGGUACUGUUGUCCACAAUGAAUAAUCCUGAGGACUAUGAAAUGGCAGGUCUUGAGCUCUCUGUCUUUCGCAUCCCAGAGUAG